AUGCCCAAUAAGAAGCUGGACUGUGAUAUUCGGAUUCAGCUGCCACAGGUGUCUAAAGAGCAUUGUAAAAUUGAGUUGAAUGAGAACAAGGAGCUCAUUUUGACCAAUUUGAGCUCUGUGAACCCCACACGUAUUAAUGGACAAGUUUUUAAUCAGUCGAAGCGUUUAAAGCAAGGUGAUCUCAUCACAAUCAUUGAUCGUUCUUUCAGGUUUGAGUACCCACCUCCUAAGACACCGAAGAAGAGGCUGUCCACACCUGGAAAAGACAAAGCAGUUCAAGCUUUGCAAGAGCAGCAGGAAAAAGGCACACCUGUUCCUGUGGAAAAGAGAAAAAGAAGUUUUAAUGUGAACUCUCCUGACCUCUUUAGGAAGCUGGACUGUGAUAUUCGGAUUCAGCUGCCACAGGUGUCUAAAGAGCAUUGUAAAAUUGAGUUGAAUGAGAACAAGGAGCUCAUUUUGACCAAUUUGAGCUCUGUGAACCCCACACGUAUUAAUGGACAAGUUUUUAAUCAGUCGAAGCGUUUAAAGCAAGGUGAUCUCAUCACAAUCAUUGAUCGUUCUUUCAGGUUUGAGUACCCACCUCCUAAGACACCGAAGAAGAGGCUGUCCACACCUGGAAAAGACAAAGCAGUUCAAGCUUUGCAAGAGCAGCAGGAAAAAGGCACACCUGUUCCUGUGGAAAAGAGAAAGUCAGAGCAUUCGUUUGAUACUUGUUUAAAAGAUGGGUCAAAUUUGCCACCAUCUGUGGAACAAACUGUUGAGACUGAACCAGAAGAUGGCAAACUUAAAAAGGACAGCAUGUCACCGUUUUGUGAGCUUUACCAAAUGGUCAAACAGGACCUUGCUGCAAAAUCGCCAUGGAAGUCUGAGCUACCAAAAACACCUCUUGCAAGAACUCAGGUUGGUCACGAGAAAGUUGCCGCUGCAGAUGUUAAAAGUAGUCAGAAACAGGUCACAACCCCAUCUACCAAGAAGCGAAGAUCCUCGAAAUCCAAUUCUGAAGAUACAACUGGACCAGCUAUACCUCAGAGCUCAUUUAAUGCAAAUGUGGAAGAAAACCCCACUGACGAUGUGCCAUCUAUAGAGUCCACCACCCCCUCAAUGACAGAGAAAUGUGUAACUCCUGUCUCCCAGAAGAAUAGAACACCCUUGAAAACACCUCAGAAGUUCAGUGCUGGUGAGGUAGUCCAGCAAAUUCUUUUACAGCCACUGCCUGAAAAGAAAACUCCUAAAUCCCCAAAAGGAAGGAGAAGUGGUGGAUCACAGGAUCAGAGCCUUGUUCAUCAAAUGCCUUCAGUCCAGCCUCAGACUCCAGGCCCAAAGGAUAACAACACUGAAGUGAAGAUGUCACCUAGAACAUCCCCAAGAGCAAAUGCUGGCAAAAGGUUUCAAUUCCAAAAUGUUCUGCCUGAAGUUACAGCUACCACAUCAGCUUCUAAGAAGGAAGAUGACACUUCAGUAAAUGAGCUAUUUGAUGGUAAUGAAUCUCGCAAUGAAGUAACCGUUCCAAAAGUAAAGAAAAAGCGAGUGUCCUUUGGUGGUCAGUUGAGUCCAGAGCUAUUUGACAAAUGCCUGCCCCCCAAUUCCCCCCUUCGCCGUGGGGCAACCCCACGACACAGUUUGGGUCCUUCCCAAAAACCCCAAUCUCUCUUACAACGAGCAUCCACCAUUGGUCUUUUGGCUCUUCGACUUAAAGAAACCGUUUCAGAGGCUCAAAAAAGUUCUCCAAAGAAAGCUUCACCCAAAUGGACACCAUCUCUAGUGAAGACUCCAUCACCUGCCAAAAGGUCACUGGGUACCAAGGCUACAACUCCAUCACCUGCCAAAAGGUCACCGGGUACCAAGGCUACAACUCCAUCACCUGCCAAAAGGUCACCGGGUACCAAGGCUACAACUCCAUCACCUGCCAAAAGGUCACCGGGUACCAAGACUACAACUCCAUCAUCUGCCAAAAGGACACCGAGUGCCAAGGAUAAAAAUCCAUCACCAAAACCUCAAAAGUCACCAACUGCUUCAACCAAAGCACCAACACCAUCCUCUACUCCUGCUACACCCAGGACACCUGCAUCUGCUAAGAGAGCAUCAGCUUCAGCGAUUGAGGCUGUGGGUGACAUGUCUUUAACCGAGACACCUCUGGCGCAGGGAAGGUUUUCAGUCUCUCGUAUAAAUACUCCAUCACCUGUCCAGGACCAGGGGACCAUGUCUGAACCACAGUCAGCCAUUGCAGAAGACAUGCCCCAGAAGUGUGUAACACCAAAGAUACACUUAAGGAGGAAGAGCAUGAAGUCUUCUGCAAGAAAAACUCCCAAAAGUGCAAUUAAAAGUGUUCUUGAUGUCAUUCGUUCAAGACGCAGUGGAGCAUCACGGGCUAAUCUAAAAGUGUUGACCUCUUGGGCUGAUAUUGUGAAGUUUGGUCAGACCCAACCUCAAACAGAAGUUACAACUAAGAAAAAACCUACAAAGAGCAGUAUAGUGAAGAGAACUGUAGUGAUAAAGCCCAAGACACCUGCACAGAGGCUGAAAGAUGAUGUUAGCACUGGGCAUGCAGCAUCUCCAGUCACCAUUGUUGUUGGCAAAGCCCAUAUGAGGACUAACCAGUCUGUUGCUGCUGCACCUAAAAUAGUGCCAAACAUAGCACUAUUCAAGAAGGACAUGAAAAUGGAUGAGGACUUGACAGGUGUUGCAGAGAUUUUCAAAACACCAGCCAACACCAGGUCUAAGAAUAGAGUUCUUUUGAAUAAUGAAUGUCCAGAGAUUCCUCUGGAUGAGGUUUCAGUGAUGAAAACACCAGAGGAAUCAGGUGAAAUGUUGGUGUCGCCAUUAAGUGUGGUCUCCACUGCCAAAUCUGGUCGCUACAACAAUGAAGCAGUAACACGACUACUACUGGACAACCAGGAUGGUACUUUGUUGGAAGUUUCUCAACUCCCUGACAACUCUAUUGAGACAAGUUGCCAUGACAUCAUUCCAGAUGUAGAGAUACCUUCUAAUGUCCAAACAGAGAAAGCGGCUGCUGCACCUGAAACAGUAGUCAAAACCCCAAAACAGAAAGCUGCACCAUCCUUGUGCCUCACUGGAGUCAAGCGACUCAUGAAGACACCCAAACAGAAGGCUGAACCAAUUGAGGACUUAAGAGGAAAGCUGCUCAAGACCCCCAAGGAAUGUAAACCUCCCCAGGGUGAAAGUCUAGAAGGCAUUAAGGAACUCCUAAAGACUCCCAAAUACAGGGGAGCUCCAGUAGAAGACAUGGUUGGAGUGAAAAGAGUGAUGCAGACUCCAAAAGAGAAGAGCAAUCCUGUACUCUGCGCAUCUGGUCUUCAGAGGCUUAUGAGAACACCCAAAGAAAAGGCUGAGCAACACGAAGACCUCACUGGUGUGAAAGAACGGAUGAAAACACCGGAAAUAAAGGAAGACAUAGUGGAGAAUCAAUUACGGCUGAAAAGAUUGGCGAAGACACCUAAACAGAAGAGAAAUCAAGUUGAAGAGAAUCUAACUGGUGUUCAGCAACUGAUGAAGACCCCUAAACACAAAGGAGAACCAGUUGAAGAUCAAAUGGGUAUACAAAGGCUAAUGCAGACUCCCAGAGAGAAAGUUGAACCUGUAGAAGACGUCUCUGGUUUGAAUCAGUUAAUGCAGACUCCCAAGUUAAAAGGAGAACCUGUCAGCAGGCAGUUUGAAAUCAGUGAACUGAUGAAGACCCCUCGACUUAAAGAAGAAAUGGCAGAGGAGUCCACUGGCCUUAAAGAACUCGAACCAGAGAACAGCUCUUCCCUGACAACAGAAAGUAGUGUGAAUGAGCCUACCGAGAUACAAGAACCGGUGGAAAGUGGCUCUGCAUUCAUGCCAGCUGAAGGAGAGUUAAAACUGGGUUUGGAUAUGGAAUGCGACAAAGAAAAUGUCUAUCAGGUUGAAACCAUGGAGACUGAAGUUUUAAAAUCUGUGGAUUUCCAGUGCACAGCUAAAGCAGUUGAAUCUAAUCAGAUUCAUCCAGAGAUUGAGACUGUAAUUCCCCAGGAAAGACAUCCUGACCAGAUUGAAGAGGAGACUGUUUCAGUUGAUGCUACUGAUGUCUGUUCUUCUGGGGCAGAUAAGAAAACCCAAGAGCAGUCUGAAGAAACUGCAUGCGUAUCUGGUAAUACCAACGCAACAGUUGAAGCUACCACAACUUCAUCCACUGCUGAGCAAGAGGAGCUAAUCAAGUCUCCACCUGCCAGCAAAAUUCAGCGUGGCACUAGAGGAAGAGCAGCACAGAAAUCCAAAAAUGGUAACAAUGAAAUGGCCAAAGCACCUGCUGUGUUGGCAUUAAUUGAAGAGGAAAAUAUGAGUAGUCCACUUCCCGCUACUAGGGGAAGGAGAGGCAAGAAACUUCUUGAAGUUCCAGAAAUCACUGCCAGCCCAGUUAGAAAAUCAGCCCGUGGUAGAGUUCCCAAGCACAGCUUUGUGGAAGAAGAGGCAAAGAAUACUGAGGCUUCACAAGUGCCUGUAAAGUCCAGGAAUACUGAGAUGCCAGACUGCCUGCCUUUCGUUACCAAAACCAGGAAAGGAAGAAAAACUAAGCAAGAUGGUGCUGAUGCUGCAGUUGCGUCCACUCAUGAUGCAAGUGCUGUUGACCCACAGUGUCCAGAUGCAAAUGAAGAGCAGGUCCAAGCCCCUCUUGUGAAACCUGGGAGGAGAAAGAAGCUGGAUAAAACCGAAAGACAACCUUCAGAAGAACUUGAACAGAAAACAACUGAAAUUGUUUGUGAGGAAAAUGCUGUUGCACAAGAGGAUGUCAAGUUGCAGACUUCACUAGGUACUGAGACUAUCUCUGCAACUAGAGCUAGGAGGGGAAGGCCAGCAAAGAAGGAAUACUUGAAAACCGAGCCAACCCCUGCUUUGGAAAGCGAAAUUAAAAGCACUCAUGCUGUUGUAGUGGCUGAGAAGCCAGUGAUACCUGUAGCAAAGUCAGUGCGAGGAAGGAAAGGUAAAAAAGAAACUGUCAAGGACCAACCCUUGGAUGAUGAUGAUGUCAUGGCUGUUUCCAAAACUGUGGCAGAGGCCAAUGUUGACCAUAAAGAGGAGCCUGAAACUCCUGUGGUCAAGUCUGGUAGAGGACGAAAAACCAAACGGCAGAAACCACAAAUGGCUGAAGAGGUUGUUAACCAGCCUGCUGUAGAUACCAGCACACAUUUACCUGUGACUGAAGAACACACUGAAACAGUGGUAAAAUCUGUGAGAGGGAAUAGGAAGACAAAGCAGUCAAAGGAGACCGUUUCAGUUGAGGCUGAGGAGAACGUUGUCAGCCCGGUUGAACAAGCAGAGACCCCUGUUGUGAAAUCGGGUCGAAAAAGGGCUGUUAAUGCAAAGGAAACUGAAAUAGUGGCAGACGUUUCUGUCAAAAGAGGUCGCCGUGCUGUUGCAGACCCUGCACCACCAGUUGCUGUGGUGUCUAGCCGUGCACGUAAAGCAGUUGUCAAGGUAGAGUCUGAGGUUACUGAGGAUGUAGCUUCAUCAGAAGAGCCAGUUAAGCCUGUUAAACAUACCAGGAGAACAGCAAAAGCACCUGAAUCAAAGAAACAAGAAAAUACCAUGAUACAGGCCGGUUCUGAGUUUGUUGCUGCUGAGAAAACACCAGGUGUUGCACUGGAGAAAGUGGAAAGAGGAAGCCGUGGCAAAAAACUGAAGGAUUCAACUAAAAACAUCCCUAACAACCCAAUCAAUGAAUCUGCUACAGCUGAGGAAGCUAGUAAAAUAAAACCCUCAAGAACAGUUAACUGGAACCCAGAUUUGGUCGUCUGUAAAGACAUUGAAGAGUCUGAAACUUCUACAGAUGUAAAAGAGCCACAGCUGAAGAAAUCCAAAAGGUUGGGCAAAUUACCAGCUGAGAUGACCUCCACAGAAUCAAAUCAAUCAACUGAUCUGCAAUCCAGAGGCCGCAGAGGGAGAGGAGCGAAAAAAGAAGAAAUUCCCAUUGAAGAGACUCAAGAAGAAGCUCAGAUAAACGUCAAGCCAUUGAGAAGAGGAAAGGCAGUGGCUCCUUCUGCGCCCAAAUCAGAGCCCACUGAUAGUAAGACAUCAACUCCCCUCAAAAGAAAAAGGAAUGAGGUGAUUGAGGUAACGGAUGAGUCCGUAAAUAAUCACCCUUUGCCGAAGAGAAGAGGCAGAGUAGUUGAAGUUGCAGCAGAGGUCUCCAGCAAAGAGAAAACGCCUGAAGCUGAACCAGAAAAGGCUGAGCCUACUCCCAAGAAGACUGGAAAUAAAGCUACAAGAGGACAGAAAAGGACAGCCCAGGAACCAGAUCCAGCACCUGCUAAGUCUGUUUCAGGAACUACCACUCGAAAAGCAAGGAGUGUGAAAAAAGUCGAGGAAGUAGAUGUCCCUACAGAGGCAGCUCCUGUCAGGCGCACCAGGAGGAAGUAAAGCACUGAUCUUACAGAGUGGUCUUAAUUAUCUAUUCUCUGUUAUCUCUGAAAAAAGUUUUAGUUUUAUAUGUUUGUAAUAUUGCAUUGUUUUUUUUCUAUAUGUUUUUCAGUGUAAUUUUAGCUGAUUUUAUCUUCGGGAAAACGGUGUACACUUAUCAAAUGUGUUUUUUAUGAUCUCUUAAACUCCGAUGAAAGGGGCAUUGAAACAUAGGCAGGCUUGUUUUUACUUCAAGAAAAUGUUUAAAGACUUUCUGCAUUUGAACUGUUAACUUCCGUCAAAUACAUUUAUCUUCUUUAUUCCUUUUGUAUUUUUUUUUUUUUUUAAGAAUAAAAUAAGUGAGGGGUGCAAAACCAGGUUUGAUCUGUCACGAUUCUUAAGCCCAAGAGUGUGUUAUUGUGCUGUAGUGGUAAGUGUACAUGUGACAACGUUUUCAUUAAAAAGAUUUCUCACCUCA